CUCGCUUUCUUUCUUCAUCGCCAUCAUCUCUAUCGCCAACACCUUCUUCCUCAUCCUCAUCCUCAUUUCUCUUCACUGCAUGACAACAUUGAAGUGCCAGGGAAUGAGAAAGCGCUAAGUCAUGUCCGCCGGUUUGGACGACAGUGACAGCGUGUUUGAGUUGAAUUCAGUGAUUCCAGAGACGGAGCUGCUGGACAACAGCAUCCAGAAGGGGCGGGCACAGCUGAGCCGCAGGCACCGCCCCUCUCGCUCCCGUUGCCAUGACAGCGUCAGCUCCAAUGAUGACAACGGUGACGACAGUCUGGAGAGGAAACAGGACAAUGCAACCUUCUCCGUCCAUGCACCUCUCCAAGUCACAAUGCGAGGCUCCUCCCCUUCACCUGAUUUGCUGCUGUCGGCACGCAGUGCCGCCUUCUCCUUUGACACAUCACUGGUGCGUCGCUUGCCGGAUGAUGCCAGCCUGUCAUUGGCCGUGGCCCCACGGGCACGCUACCACCAACUAACCAAUGACACGUCUCAAGAAGCUUUGGCCACCAGUUCGCUUUCCAAGUCAUGCCCCGCCUCCUCUGAUGCCUCGCCUGUUUACACGCGAAGGAGCAGGAGGCCGGACAGCGAAGUUCUGGUGUCCGAGUCCAGUCGAGAUUCGAGUCCUGCCGACCCUGCUCCAGUGCUGCUUGACCAGAAAACCAAAAGACGCUUCCAGGAUUUGGGCGUGACGCUCAGGCGCUCAUACCUUCGAGUGAAGAAGGACAAACUGGACAAACGAGACAAGCGGUCCAGCGAGGGAGGCGCCAGAGACACGUCUGAGAGUCUCAGAGAACGAGACUGUUCGUCAUCUUCGCGAGCGUCCACAUCCUUUGUCUCCUUUUCCUGGUUUUCCUCGUCGGGAACAACUCCCGGGUCCCCGCAAACGCAGCCUGUGGCUGGCCCUGAGCCCCCAAAGUCUUGCUCACAGGAGUCUUCUUUGAGCGAGGACUUUUCUUCUCCUCAGACGUCCCUGUCUAUGUGUCCUCAUGUGGAGUUGUCCUCUUCCAUGUCCUCCUCCCACCCCUACCAGACUCUGUCGCAGUCUUCUGACGAGCUGGGUGACGAGGCACCUUCCGCGGUGUCGUCGUGGACGAGUCAGCAGGUGUGUGAGUGGCUGCGUGAGCUGAGCAUGGACCAGUACGUCCCCGAAUUCCAAGCUGGACACGUGGACGGACGCUCGCUGCUCCAGUUGGACGGUGGAAAGCUCAAGGGACUGGGUGUGCUGAGCUCGUGCGACCGCGGCGCUCUCAAGCGGCGCAUCAAAGUCUUGCAGACGGCGGCCGACAAGGACAAGAAAAGCGCCAAGCACAAGGACAAAGAGCGCCGCAAGCAGCGCGAGCAGCGCAGGAACUGAACGCUGGCUGACCUCUGAGGGGCCAGAGGCGACCUGAGUUCGGAGCCAAAUAUGGUCAAACUGCAUUUCUCUCCCUCAUAUGCAAACCAGACGCAAAUGCUGUUAACUCGAUCUGUGGGAGACAUUUGCUGUCAUGAGCGUGCUUUCCAAUAAAAAGGCUCUUAUUGUGAAAGGACAGGAAGUGUCACUCAUCAAGAGACCCAAAGCAUGUGUGGGGAGUCGAUCACUCAGUGCAGUGUAGGGAUUUUGAUGAUUUCCAAAUCAAAAAGAAUGACUACAAGGACAUCGUUCCUCCGUGUGACGUGUGUGUGAACGAUCAUUUGCUGACUUUUUUGCUGAAUCAUUAAAGUCCAACAAAUUUAA